UGCUGAGCUGCACGUCGCGCACCAGGAAGGCACGGCGACGGACUAGGGCGGCCAACCCCAAACGGGUACCGACAGCACCAACAACACCCCCGGGCUUGGCAACGUCACGUAACGUCGGCCGGGCUGCUCUUCGAGGCAGGGCGGGUGGUGUCGUGUGGGUGUGGAGGUGCGGCGACUGGCUGCGCCCCGGCGGGGGCCCCGGGAGGGAUGUGGUGCGAGAGAGAUGGGGCGGCGUUGUUAUCAGCGCCCCGCGCUGGCCGCGGUGAGCGGGGCGGCGCGCCGCGCGGUGCAUCGGCAGCAGAGCCUCUGUAGCAGCCGGGUCAGCGUCAACCGGGCCGGGGCCAGCCGAGCCAGCGUCAGCAGGACCAGCAGCGUCAACCGGAGCAGCAGCAGCAGCAGCAGCAACCGGACCAGCAACCCCCGGCCCGCGCUACCGCAGCAGCAGCAGCAGCAGCAGCAGACCGGAGGAGGGUGCGCUGCUCGAGGCCGAGCUCGAGAGCACGCUCGACAUGUCCGCCACCGAGAAGGAUAAGGACAGCAACGGGGCCGCGGUGCGCGCCCCGCUGCUCGAGCGCAACCUGGCCGCCGCCGGCGACGCCAAGAAGAACAGCAGCAGCAGCCCCGUGAUCGUCGCGCCCGACGCCAGGAAGAGCGACCUGGAGGACCUGUACCGCGACCUGCCCAUCACCGAGGAGACCUCGUGCGGCAUCGGGAUAAUCCGAGGAGCCUGGCUGCAGAGGUUCGCCACUAAGAAUGUGUACGUGCUCGUGUACGGCCUGCUGGGCUGCAUCUUCUCGGCCAGCUACGCCUACUCCAACGGCAUCAUCACCACCCUGGAGAAGAGGUUCAAGAUCCCCAGCAAGACGAUCGGCGUCAUCACGGUGGGCAACGACUUCACGCAGCUGUUCGUGUCCGUCUUCCUGAGCUACUACGCGGGCAAGGGCCACCGGCCGCGAUGGAUCGCGUUCGGCAUCUACACCGUGGUGCUCUACUGCCUGCUCACCGCCCUGCCGCACCUCAUGUACGGCCCCGGCGAGGACUCGCUCGCGCUCACCGUCGAACACGGCGCCGUCUUCGACCGCAACGCGUCCAGGGAAGAGCGGGACAAAAUGGAGCGCAAGCUCAUGUGCGCGCUCGAGGGCCAGCCCGCCAUCCAGUGCGACGCAGAGGAGGGCAACCUGGCCCCGGUGGCCAUCCUCUUCCUUGCGCAGCUCGUGUCGGGCAUCGGCGGCUCACUGUACUACACCAUCGGCGUCUCCUACAUGGACGAUAACAUCAAGAAGGACAAGACCCCCGCGCUUAUCAGUUUCUCCUACUUCCUGCGGAUGCUGGGCCCGUGCAUCGGCUACGCCCUGGCCUCCUUCUGCCUCAAGCUGUACAUCUCGCCGUCGCUGUCGCCCACCAUCGACAACACGGACCCGCGCUGGCUGGGCGCCUGGUGGCUGGGCUGGAUCAUCCUGGCCGCGCUGCUGUUCCUCUUCGCCUCCGUGCUCGGCCUCUUCCCCAAGAUGCUGCCCCGGGCCGCCGCGCGCCGCGCCGCCGCCAAGGAGCUCAAGGAGAAGGAGGGCGGCGUGGCCGAGGAGCACUCCUCGGCCUCGCUGAAAGAUAUGCUGCUGACGUUCAAGCGCCUGAUGCAGAACCCGACCCUCAUGUGCAACAACGCCGCCUCCGUCUUCUACUUCUUCGGCUACAUGCCGUACUGGAUCUACAUGCCCAAGUACAUCGAGACGCAGUACCGGCAGUCGGCGUCGAGCUCCAGCCUGGUCACGGGCACGGUCGGCAUCGUGUUCUCCGGCAUCGGCAUCCUGCUGUCCGGGCUCGUCAUCACCAAGUACCGGCCCAACGCCCGCCAGAUGGCGCUGUGGAACACGUUCGUCGGGCUCGUCUCGGCCGCCGGCAUCAUCUCGUACAUCUUCCUCGGCUGCCCGGACAACGACAGCUACGGCGGCCUGCUCAAGCCCAACGGAGAGCUGGAGACGUCCUUCCAGUGCAACGCGGGCUGCCUGUGCGAGUACGUCAAGUACUCCCCGGUGUGCGCGUCCGACGGCUACACCACCUACAUCUCGGCGUGCCACGCCGGCUGUCGCGACUACGACCGCCUGCCGAGCGGCGCCAAGGUGUACCAGAACUGCAGCUGCAUCGCGCCGCUGCCGGGCAACGCGACGACGCUGCUGCACGAGACGACCACCCUGGCGACGACCACGCCCGCCGCGUCCCCGAGGCCCUUCGGCACUGACACGUUCACCGCGGGCGGCAUUGCCACCCCGGGCGCGUGCCCCGUCGACUGCUCGCACAUGUUCUACAUGUUCCUGGCCGUGGUCUGCGUGCUCAAGUUCAGCGGCGCGACCGGCAGGGCCACGAACUUCCUCGUGUCCGUCAGGUGCGUCGAAGAGAAGGACAAGCCGGUGGCCAUGGGGCUCGGCAUCACCCUCAUGAGCCUGUUCGCCUUCAUGCCGUCGCCCAUCUUCUUUGGCUACUUAAUGGAUGCAACAUGCUUAGUGUGGGGAAAGACGUGUUCGGGCAAUGGCAACUGCUGGCUCUACAACGGGGAAUCACUGCGGUACCUACUUAAUCUCACAUCCGCAGGUUUCGUUCUGAUCGGGACGCUAUUCGACGCCGGCGUGUGGUACUUCGUCAAAGACGUGCAGAUCUUUGACGACGAGGACGUGAAGCCCGUCGUGUCGGCCGUGCAGCCCGAGGCGCAGAUGUACAGCUCCAAGCUGCACCUCGACCAGGCCGGCCGACGGGAAAGCGACGACGCGGCGGCCGCCGGCUGCGAGCUCAAGGACCUGAGCCAGCUGCAGAACAACAUCCUCAACCACAUCAGCCAGAACAGCGACCGGAGUGGCGGCCUCCCGCAGGAGGAGGCCAACAACAAACACUGAAGACACUGGCCGAAUUGGAUGAAAUUAUCCAUCGAAAUGAUCGAUCGGUGAGACAUUUAGUCAAUGAAAGGCGGUGGCGAUUAUACGCCGUCGAAGUGUUUUCAACCAGCCAGAGGCCUGGUGUGCCCGUGUGACGUCAACGCGGACACGAAUAUUUAAGUGGCGUGUGACAAAUCUAGGGGAGCCAUAACGUCCGUAGAGUAAGUCACUUGCGCGCGGCGAUUUUUAUACUGUGAUGAGUAAAUGUGCGUGAUUGUGUGAGUAGCGUGAUUAUUAGUGAGUGUGAGAGUGACUAGUGUGAUAAUUGUUUUGUAGUGUAAACUUAUGCGGUGCACGAAUACUGCGGGCGGGUGAAUUUGUGCAAUAUGUUGAAUAGUUUAAUUUUGUUUUUGUUAUUAAAGUCAAAUAAAUUGC